CCAGAUUCCCGAAUGACUGGAAUCGGAGAGUCGACACUGUUCGCGAUCGACUCUUUGACCUAGCUUAAGUUAGCUAAUUUGCGAGUGCUUUGUUGAUGGGUCAGAGCGCGCUGUCACAAUUAAAAUCUUCUCGCACUUUCUUUGUGCUCUGUCUCGCUAUCUGUCCCAUGUCGCUAUAGCAACCCGGAUAAAGUGGCUAAUCGGAGCUAUGCCAAGAUUCCGCUUGAGUUUGGUGUGUUUUGGUUCACUGCUGUUAUUUAUCGGUGCUUCUACACAUCGUGGAUCCUCGCAUUUAAUCACAGAUGAGAUUCCCUUUAAAAUCAACUGGCCUGGGGAACAUUUCAGCUUGCCCGACUCCGGGGCCCUGUAUGAAGAAGAUGACUUUCUUAUAAUGACAACGACAGAAAAGGAGAAAUACAAGUGUUUAUUGCCUUCUCUGUCUAAGGGAGAUGAGGAUGAAGAGAAGGAGUAUAAGGGUCCCGUUCCAGCUGUUCUUCUCGCACCGUUAUUCAAACAGAGCAGCUGCUCAUACAGGAUUGAGUCUUACUGGUCCUAUGAGGUGUGCCAUGGUAAACACGUGAGGCAGUAUCACGAGGAAAAAGAGGCUAGUCAGAAAGUGAACGUUCAGGAGUAUUUCCUGGGAACCAUGACCAGCAAACACACUGAUUCUUCAGCAGAAUCAGAAGCUAGCAAAGAUGAGGAUGCUGCCAAAGAAAGACUGGACCUCAGCAUGGAGGUGCCCACUAAGAAUAUAGAAGGCCAGCUGACCCCUUAUUUCCGGGUGGAGAUGGGGAAUGGGACCCCAUGUGUGUUGAAACAGGAUAAACCUCGUUCUACGUCUGUGCUGUACGUGUGUCAUCCGGAGGCUAAACAUGAGAUCCUUUCCAUUGCUGAGGUGACAACCUGCGAGUAUGAGGUGGUCGUGCUCACACCACUGCUCUGUGCUCAUCCUAAAUAUAGGUUCAAGACUUCACCAGUGAAUGCCAUAUUUUGCCAGGCGCUGGCAGGCUCUCCGCUCCGACCCAACAGCCUCUCUCAACUGGGCCGGCAGCAGGAAGAACUACUUAGGCCACAUUUCAGCCCUCCCACUGAGCGAGAAGAGGACACAUCGCCUGUGCGCGAGGAAGCUUUUAGCUCUACCCACAAGCCCAUGGCAGCAGAUGGACACACCCAGGUGACGGUGGGAACCACCCACAUAUCUCGACUGACCGACGAGCAGCUCAUAAAAGAAUUUCUGAGCGGCUCAUAUUGUCUACAUGGGGGUGUGGGAUGGUGGAAAUAUGAAUUCUGCUACGGAAAACAUGUGCAUCAGUAUCAUGAGGACAAAGAACAAGGGAAGAGUAUUGUAGUGGUGGGAAGUUGGAAUCAUGCUGAGCAUAUAGAGUGGUCUAAGAAGAACGUGGCACGAGCCUACCAGCUUAAAGACGAGGGAACCCAGAAAGUGAAGGUGGUAUCUCACUUCUACGGCCAUGGAGAUGUGUGUGACCUCACCGGGAAGCCAAGACAAGUCACUGUUAAGCUCAAGUGUAAAGAAUCUGAAUCUCCUCACGCUGUUGUUGUGUAUCUCUUGGAACCCCAGACCUGCCAGUAUAUUCUUGGUGUUGAGUCGCCAGUGAUCUGUAAAGUCUUGGACACAGCCGAUGAGAAUGGCCUUCUUUCCCUCCCUGGAUAGAAAUAAGAUGAACUUAUGUAGUGAAGAAGAUAAAUAUUAUAUUUGGUGUGAAAUGUACAUUUCUGAAGGAAAGCAGAGUGCCUGAACCCAGGAAGUGCUCAGUAUCCCUUUUUUUUUUUGCUCUAGACUGAGCUCUGGGUGAUGUUUGUCUUUUCUUGCAGCAGGUUUGUUGUUAAAAUUGUGAAAAUUCUGCUAUUGGCAAUUGUGGAGCUGAUUAAUUUUCUGAACUCCUGGUGAACAUCUUUCUUUUUGGCACACUUUAAUGCAAUAAUUUUUGCCUGGGUUGUUUUUAACUGUUUAUUUAUUUCUGUUAUGUUCUCGCUGCCGCGAGCAUUUUAAGUAAAGCAAGGGUGCAAGAAUUGAAACUUUUCGUGCACUGAAUAGUAUGAGAUCUAAAAUGCCAAGUUGAGGUUACAUAUUUCAAGCCAUUUAAAGCAAAAAGAGGACGAGGCACAGAUGCAACAAGGUUACAGAACUGUCAGCUUUUAUUUUGGACAACAUCUGAACACAUACAAUGUUUCAUGUCGAAGCUAAAUAUAAUUUUAUGGCAGUUUCAUUACUACAUUUAAGUGGGUGCUUCUAGGUGCUUCCAGUCAUACAUUUGUCUUUAUUUGGUGUAUCUACACACCAAAACAAAUGCAGUCCGUAAGCUUUAAAUGCUUUAAUUCAGGGAUUUUUGUGUUUCAUGUGAGGAACAAAAUUAUUUCUAAAAAAAAACAAAACACACCUUUUAAUGAAGGUGAAUCAAAGUUGACCAUUGUUAUGAUGUAGUCUUUGUUACUGCAGGAGCCUUAUUGCAGUCUUUAAUUCCAACAGGUCUUCCAGCUGAUAAAGGCUGUAAUAAAAUGCUGAAGGCCAUUAGAUUAUCUGUUGUAUUAUGUAUAAGCCCAACAAUACAAAAGAGGUUUUUUUAAGAUCAGGUGCAGACAAAUUAAAUGGAAAACUAGAGGCAUUUUGCCGGCGUGGUUUGGGUACACCGGCCCUCUUAAAGGGAUUCAAUGCAAAGUUCUUCUCAUUACUUUUUUUCCUAUGACCCCAGAGACCUAUGCGAGUGUUUGUAGCGAUCUGUUAGCACUCUUCACAAGCAUUAUUAAUACAAGUUUGUAUUAAAUACCAACUGAAACUAAGAAUGGUGUUUAACCCUUUGUUAACUUGUAGGAUUUAGGCAUCAAAGCUGUUCUGGUGACUCGUAGAAUCAUUGCGCCUUAACUAGACUUUUCCAUUAAUUUGUCACUCAUCGGAACAUCAGAUAAAAUGGCCAGCACAUCAUACUAUAAACGAAAAAAUAUACAUCACACUAUAAAAGAAAACAGCUGCUUAAAACAAGCAUUAAUUUAUAACAAACACGAUCAUGUUUUGACUGUUGUGUUGUAUUUUCGUCUAGGUUCUCUGAAUGUUUUGGCUGGAAAUAAACACUCUAGAUCUCCA